UCUCUCUCUCUACCCCCACCCACCCUUCCCCACUGUCAGACCUGUUCGUGUCAUCACUGUCUCUCACUGCAACAUUGGUCUUCUUCCUCUCAGGUUUAGGGUUUAACUCUACAGUUUUUCACCUUAGUCUCUUCCAAUCUUGGUUUUCGGGAAUGGAGGUUUCUGCUAUUGGCUUCUUAGAGAAGAGGAUUUGGAUUGGCUCUCUGAUGGAGGCUCUGGCGGUGGAGACUGUUCUUGUUGCAGGGAAAUGCCUCCUUUGGCUUCUUAAAGCGACUGAAUCUCUAUUGACUGAUGUCAGUCAUUCAGUGUCACCAAAAUUGGCUCCGAUGGGUGGAAGGUUUCCUUUAGAUGAACUCUUGAGGGGAAAACAUGCUUUCGUAAAAUGCAAGGAUGCUAGUGAUGAAGAUGAUGAUGAAGAUGACCAAGAUGAAGAAGAUGCAAAUGAUCAAGAUGAUGAUGAUGAUGCUGGAGACGAGGACUUUUCAGGUGGUGAGGAAGAUGCAGAUCCUGAGGAUGAUCCUGAGGCCAAUGGUGCAGGAGGAAGUGAUGACGGGGAAGAUGAUGAUGACGAAGAUGGAGAUGAAGAUGAUGAGGAUGAUGGGGAAGAGGACGAGGACGAAGAGGAAGACGAAGAAGACGAAGAUGAUGAGGAGGUUCCCCAACCACCUGCUAAGAAGAGAAAGUGAGAAAUUGAGAGUUGUAGUAGUAGGUACAUUGUUUUCUUCUCAUCCUCUGUAAUGCAUUCUCAGUCAUGCUUAGUUCUUAGAACAGUUCUUUCAUCUUCCUCCUGAAUGGACCAGUUGUUUUACCUUGUGUCGAAGAUCAUAAUAUUAUCAUUAAUGUAUUCUCAUUGUGAUUUUCGUCAA